AUGAGUCUGGGCAUCAUGGAGGAGGAAGACCUGGCCGAGUACUUUCGGCUGCAGUAUGGGGAGAGGCUGCUACAACUGUUGCAGAAGUUCCCGAACAUUGAGAACCAGUCAGAGUCUCCAUCCAUCCGGCUCCUGGAGAAGAAAAAGGAAGCCAAGAUCAUGCACCAGGCUAUGGAGCAGAAGAAGGAGAUAUUUCAGCGCCGAAUGGAAACCCUGAACCUGCGCUGGGAGGAGCUGGGUGUCAAGGAGGCCCAGCUGAAGGCCCACAUCCAGAAGUUCGAGCAGUUCAUCCAGGAGAACGACCAGAAACGGAUCCGGGCCCUGAAGAAGGCCAACAAGGAGCGGGAACUGAAGAGGCAGCGCCUGCGCGAGCUGGCCAUGGCCAAGCAGGAGAUGGCGGCCUUGAGGCUGGAGCACCAGAGGCUGAGCGGGAGGCUGCAGGACUACUCCGUCUUCAACAAGUACCUGGAGAAGGUGGUGGAGAGCUCGGAGUUCGAGGAGAUCCACGAGGUGAUUUCGCGCUACAAGACGCUGGUGAGCAUGCACCGGGACCUGAUGCAGUCGGCGCAGGAGGGCCAGGAGAAGAUCGAGCGCGCCAAGGCGCGGCUGGCGCGCUACAUGGAAGAGAAGGACGACGAGAUCCUGCAGCACAACAACGAGCUGGCGCGGCUGCAGAUGCGCUUUGACCGGGCCCGCAGCGAUGUCAUCAUCUGGGAAUCUCGCUGGGCUCACAUCCAGAACACCGCCGCCAAGAAGACCCUCUUGCUAGGCACCAUUAAGAUGGCGACGCUGAACCUCUUCCAGAUCGUGAGCAAGCAGCUGAAGGAGACCACCACCGUGUCCCUGGAGGACACGCACAAACAGCUGGACAUGAUCCAGCAGUUCAUUCAGGAUCUGUCGGACAUCUGGGCAGAGGUGAGGAAGAAGGAACAGCAGCAAGUCCGGGUUUAA